UCAAUCUGAGUGAAAAUACCUGUCACUUGUCAACCAAUAAAUUUGGGUCGGAAUCGAAAUGAAAAUACUUAUUCAGUGAAAGCCAGAAAUUUAGAAGCUCCUUUUUACUAACUCAAAAAUGGAACGAGUUCCAGGCGUCCUUCCACGACUAAACGUCCAAUACGAAACUGAGCUGGGACAAUCACAAGUAGUGCAUUCCGACGAAAUCAAUCCAAUCCCCGCAUUAUUACCAAGUGGCAGUGCAGAUGACAUUCCUCCGCCCAAACCGGACUUUUCGGCCCCUCCGCCGUACGAGCUCGCUACAAAGCUACCAUCGUACGAGGAGGUACAACGCGAGAAAAUUUUAGAGGGGCAAGCGAUUCCGGCGGCUCUUGGUGAAGUGCCACGUGUGAGAGAGCCCAGAACUUUAGGUCAAUUAUUAGCAAUAGACUCCGAGGCAAAUGAUGACGUCGAUACAUCACUUUUAGGUACCGAUUUUAUGUUUUAUACUGCGUUCUUCGUGGCUUUUAUUUUCAAUUGGAUCGGUUUUCUUUUGGUGACAUGCUUUUGUAAUACAAUCGCGGCGAGGUAUGGCGCAUUAUCCGGUUUUGGUAUAUCUUUAGCAAAGUGGACUUUAAUUGUAAAACACUCUACAGACUUUGGCACUCGUGAAAAUGGAUGGUUGUGGUGGCUCGUCAUGGUUUUUGGAUUGAUCAUUUGCAUACGUGCCAUCGUACAGUACCUGAGUAUUAAAAGAGGUUGGCAUUUAUUGAGUGCCAGCCACCAGGAGCGACUUUUAUUUUUUUACUAAUUUUAUUUCUCUUAUUAUCAAUAUGACUGCAUAUUAUGUGUGUUGAUAUUCCGGUUACACACGUCUUUCUUUCUUGUUAACGUGUUGGGAUUUGGAACACGCAAAUGGCUCAAAGUUUUGUGAAACACAUCAUAAAUGUUAGUUAUACACAUUUCAAAUUUGUCAGUGUGAAUACAUUCCAUAAAAAUGUUUAUUGUUCUGGGUAAGUCACGGAACUCCUUUUCUUUGUAAGGAGGGAGCCAAAGGUAAUUGUUAGAGUGAAUGUCAUUGACAAGCUCAUUAAUUGGCAAUUACAACAGUUGCGUUACCUGUUUAGAGCUGCCAUUCUCCAUACAGGCUGUUCAGGGUAAUACUUGUACUUUCUGUCUAUUGCAUAACAAUCUAACGAAAGAAAAAUGUAAAUUACACAAAAAAGGUAACGUAGAUGACCUACCCCUUGUUGAUUAUUUUGCUUUUAUUUAAAAAAUAUUUAUUUUGUUACUAAGUAUGAGGCCAAAAUUAUCUAUUUUGAAAAAUGCUCAUUUAGAAUGCUGUUUGUGUUGGGGGGCAAAAUUGGUGGCUGCAUUAACUACUAACUCAAUUAGAAAAAAUUAAUCAGGUAAGAACAAUGUACAUCAAGUGAAAUCAACUACAUUCACUUGUUGAUGCACACUGAUCUCCUUACCUGAUUAACUUUUACUAAUGUCCGUGGUUAGAGAUCGUUCAAUUUAAAAUUGUUUCAAUACUAACUCAAUAUUAAGUUAAUAUCACGGGCAUGUUUGUAUUACUCAAACUUAUUCUACUGCAUCAUCAGCACAUAACGUUUUACUAAUUCAUUUUUAAGCUUGUUUGUAACUAUCAAUUAUUUAGUUACGUGGACGUGGCUGGUGGGUGAUGCUUAACACACUGAAAAUGUUGACAGUGAGUAGCUCGUUCCUGAGUGAUCUGGACAAUUAUAUUGCAAGAAAUGUCAAGGCCAUGCGUAUAUGUAGUCGAACUUGAAACUAUGUACUGAAUGCUUGUUUAUUUUAGUAACUCUAUUAGCUAAUAUGAAAGGUAUGUAAAAAUUGAACAUUACAAACAGGCUUUAAUAAGAUGUUUAGUUAAUUUUAUUUAUUUAUCAUUUAGGUACCUUAAAUUAUCAAGUUAGCAUUAAUUUUUCUUUGCAUAACCACAUUUUUAUCAAGAAGUGGGAGGCCUUUCGACGCAAACAGUAUUAGGCCUUACAAAUGACAUAAGACUUGAUUUAUUAAACAAAAUUCAGUAUUAAAAAAUUGUAUUUCAUGAAAGACUAUGAAUUGGAUAGACAGUAAAUAGGUUUAUGUUCAGAUUAAACCGAAACUCAUUAGUUCUUAUCGUCAAAUGGUGGCCAAUCAUUUUAAAACAGGUUUAGAUUACUGGUUUUGUUUUUAUGUACACAAAACUGCACAAUUAUUUACUUUAGUAGGUAGUACUUUUAUUUGUUUCUGGUUGGCUUCUGUAAGUAUUUUAGCUUCUCACAGGAAUGAUCUAUAAUAUAGGAAUUAGGGCAUUUUUAACAACUGGUCCACUGGAGGGUUUUGUAUGAAAGUUGUUCAUUAUUGCAUGCCGAAGGAAGUCUAGUUCUAGUUACUGUAAAUUACGUGUAUAAUGUAUAGAUAUUUAAUUAAAUAUAUGUUUGUAAGAACAA